GAGUCGGCUUAUGACGGUGGGUCUCCAGCAACCAGCCUGGACUACCCCUCAUUUCUACGACCUAUAUAAGUAUGGAGGAGUCCAAUGAUUUUAAUAACGGCUGAAGGUAUACUUCUGCAAAAUAAAGCACGAUACACAAUAUGGCCAAAGUUUUGUUGACUGGUGCUUCCGGAUUCCUAGCGGGAUGGGUUCUCCGUUACUUGCUGGAGAAAGACUACUCCGUCGUUGCAACUGUUCGCUUUCAGGAAAAGGCCGAUUAUCUAAAGUCUCUCUAUCCAAACAAGGAUUUGACCUUUAUCUUGGUCCCUGAUAUGAGUGAGCCCACUGCAUUCGAUGAGGCAGUCAAGGGAGUCGACUACGUCGUUCACACUGCGUCUCCAUUCCAUUUCAAGAUCAAUGAUCCCGUCAAAGACAUGCUCGAUCCCGCAAUCAAGGGGACAACCAACAUUCUGGCCUCUGUGAACAAGUAUGGUCCUCAGGUCAAGAAGGUUGUGAUUACUUCCAGUUUUGCUGCUAUUCAGGAUUAUAGCAAAGGAGCACGACCUGGCCAUGUUUAUGAUGAGACUCAGUGGAACCCGGCUACUUGGGAGGAGGCGUGCACACUGGAUCCUCACUUCACGUACUGUGCCAGCAAGGCGUUCUCAGAGAAGGCUGCUUGGGAUUUUAUGGAGAAGGAGAAACCUAGUUUCCCGCUCACCACUAUUACCCCUCCUAUGAUUCUUGGACCUAUGCUUCAUGACGUUUCUCCAGAGACUAUCAACACUUCAAGCUCGGUCGUUUACAGCCUGAUGAAAGUCGAAGGAAAGACCAUUCCUCCGACUCGUGUCCCGGUUUGGGUGGACGUUCGCAACGUGGCCAUGGCCCAUGUGCUGGCGCUCGAUAAUCCGGUGACUGACAACCAGCGUUAUCUCGUAUCGGCAGGAAACAUCACUUGGGAGCAGAUCUGCAUAUAUCUUCGCAAAGCCUUCCCCGAGCUUGAGGGUAAGGUGCCUACCAUCCCGGACGAGAGCGAAGAGAAGGAGUUUUUCUCGACGGACAACACGAAGUCAAUUAAGGAUAUGGGAAUCGAGUAUAUCUCGCUGGAGCAGAGCAUCUACGAUUUGGCGAAGCAACUUAUUGAUUGGGUGAAGUAGAGAGAGUUGUUAGAGUAGAUAGCUGCCUAAUUUUAACUGAGCACCUCGAGGACUUUGUCUUGCCAAUGUGACUUGGCUCUGAAACACCAACGCCUUACGAAUAGUGAUUGUGAUCGGUGGUCACUGAUCAGUGAUGCGAUCGUGACCAGAAUCAUUGCAGAAGCAAUCUCAGUAAAUGCCUCUUGUUACUUGCCGCUGCUCCGUGCAUUGCUGUCUACUUUCUAUUAGGGGAACUAGAUUACACUAAAGGGCCAGAGUAGCUUAGAUUAGUUAGGGUCUGAGACUCACUGCUAGCCCACGGGCAGAGUGGCGCACGAUGAUAAUUACUGACACUCACGGCUGAAUCUGCGCGCUUCUAUUCUC